AUUCAAACAAUUAUUUCUGCAAACAUAUAAACUAUUUGCUGCACUUCUAACACCCUGUAGUGUGCAGCAUCACCAUUGCACACUUUAACAGUUUACUAGCAAAUCGUCUGCCUUUCAACUGACAAUUCUAAAAGUAAUUGUAGAAACUUCCACGAGGACCAUUCAAAUUAACAAAUUAGCAAGUAAAUAGUUUAAAACAGCACAAAAUGCCAGCUGACACUACAACCAAGCAAGUUCAGGAUUACAAAGAUUCGUUAAUCAAAACCGAACAACUUAUUAUACAGGGCUUUCCAGAGAAAAUUGUUGUUAAUGAACUCCUCGCAACGCCUAUGUUUAGCGAUCGUAACUUUAAUGAAGUGCAUCAAGACCUUAACAUUCCAACGCCAGAAACAAUUUUGGUGAACAAUCAUGCCGACUCGGCUGACGACGGUGGUGACGCGACCAGCCGGCGGCAAAAGACCACGCACCGAUCACUUUGUGCCUGGCACCAAAGUUAUGUGCUUGCCUACGGUUCUGUACCUUGCAAUGAGCCACUCUGCGAAAUGAUUAAAAUCGUAAACCAAUUAUUCGUAAACUUGUGGAAGAUUCAAAUUUAUUAAAAUGUGGAUUUCGUUUUAAUACCCAAAAUCGAGGAUGGCAAUAAUUUCGGCGUAUCUGUACAGGAAGAUACGCUUGCUGAAAUACAAGCUGUUGAAUCGGAAGCUGCGGCAUUUUUCGACCAAAUUUCGCGUUAUUUUUAUCACGCGCCAAAGUUGUUUCGAAAGUCGCGAAAUAUCCACAUAUCGAGGAUUAUCGACGCGCAGUGGUGGAGUUGGAUGAGAAGAAUACUUAAGCUUGUGGUUGGUUGUAUGUGAAGUGCGAAAUCGUUAUUCAUCACUACAUGAUAUCGUUAUUAAAAUUUGGAGAAACUGAAGAAACCACGUUCAUCCAAUGCUGAUAGCUUAUAUUAAACUGUAAUGAAAAACAACACGCAAUCGUAUUAAAACACAUACAAAGAAAACAACAAAGCAUGGAGGCAUGCGUAAUAGUGAAGCCGUUACGAACAGGUUGAAGUUGUGUCAGCGCUGCAGUUAACAAGAAAUGCAUGAGUUAUAUAUAUCGGACAAUUUGGGUGCAAGCGGAUUGGAAAGGCGUGCAAUGCGCGGUGACACUACUUAAGAUACCUGUGGAUCGUAACAACAAACCGCUCUCAACAGUUUAUAAUAAAAUGCUUGAAUUUAGUAUGUAAAAUGUGAAUUGCGACGUUAAAAAUAUUGGUUAGUUCAAUAUAUUUUGAUUGUAAUGUUAAUUUCUUUUUCUCAAUCCAUUUUGCAUUAACUCAAGGUAUAUAAAUAUGUAUGCAUAGAACUUACGUAAGAAAAAAAAA